GGCGGCAAGUGCGAGGGGCAGAAAGCAUUGAGCAUUUGAAGCUUCAUCUCUAGCCUCGGCCAUCGGCCAUCGACUUUGCCUCUCUUCACAGAGCCCUCGGAGCCCCUCCCUGAGGAGCCCAAGCCUGUGGAGAUGCCCUUCCACCACUGCCACAGGGACUCCAUGCCACCGCUGGGCCUCACGCCUGAGAGAACGCGGGCGCGGAAGCAGCUGUACGCCGCCUGUGCUGUUUGCGUCGUCUUCAUGACUGGGGAGGUGGUUGGUGGGUAUUUGGCACACAGCCUGGCCAUUAUGACUGAUGCCGUCCACUUGCUGGCAGAUGUGGGUAGCAUGAUGGGCAGCCUCUUCUCCCUUUGGCUCUCUGCCCGGCCAGCGUCCCGCACCAUGACCUUUGGCUGGCACCGCUCAGAGACUCUGGGGGCUUUGGCCUCUGUGGUCUCCCUCUGGAUGGUCACUGGUGUCCUCCUGUACCUGGCCUUCCUCCGCCUGCUGCACAGUGACUACCACAUCGAGGCAGAGCCCAUGCUGCUGACCGCCAGCAUUGCAGUCUGUGCCAAUAUGAUAAUGGCCUUUGUGCUGCACCAGGCUGGGCCUUCCCACAGCCACAGGUCUAGGGGGGCAGAGUAUGCACCGCUGGAAGAAGGGCCUGGUGACCCCCUGUCCAUGGGGAACACCAGCGUCCGGGCGGCCUUCGUGCAUGUGUUGGGGGACCUCGUGCAGAGCUUCGGGGUACUGGCUGCCUCUGUCCUCAUCUACUUCAAGCCUCAGUACAAGGCGGCUGACCCCAUCAGCACUUUCUUCUUCUCCAUCUGUGCCCUUGGAUCCACCGCCCCCACUCUCCGAGAUGUUCUUCACAUCCUCAUGGAAGGUGCCCCCAGUGGUGUGGGGUUUGAACCUGUAAGAGAUACACUGCUGUCGGUGCCAGGAGUCCGCGCAACCCAUGAGCUGCACCUGUGGGCCUUGACACUUACUUACCAUGUUGCCUCUGCACACCUGGCCAUUGACUCCACGGCUGACCCUGAGGCUGUCCUGAAAGAAGCAUCAUCCCGGCUCUACUCGAGGUUUGGAAUCUCCAGCUGUACCCUGCAGGUCGAGCGGUACAGAUCUGAGAUGGCCCGGUGUCCACGCUGCCAGGAGCCACCCCAAGCCUGAGCCACAGCCCCACCCUCACCCCACUGCCAGGCCCAGGCUCAGUCCUGGACUCUCAGCACCUGCCUCCUUGGUCACGGAGAAGGAAUGGAGCUGGGCCCAUACCUUUUCCUCUCUCCCUCUUCCACCUGCCAAACGCCCCAGCUCCAGCCCCAGUGAGCAAGACCAAAGCGUGUGGGGGGGAGUGUUGGGUGGGAGUCAGG